ACCUAUUCAUUGGGUAAUUAAACAUUUAAAUAUACGAAUAUACGAUAUUUUUAUUUUCACAAACCCUAGCUUUUUUCCCCCUUUCAAGCCACAGAUCACAAGAAACACAAAUCCAUUUGAAUGAGAAGCACAACUCGAUCAAGAAAAGAAAGCAGGAUUCCUCAGUGUCCGAAUUCCGCACGAUCAUCGAGGAAGGUUUUGUGAUUUUGAGUUUUGCGUUAGCAUAACAAUCAUGAGAUUCAAGAAGGGGGGUAAAGUUGAGGUACUGAUAAAGAAAGAGGUGCCUCCAGGUGAGUGGCAUUGUGCUAGGAUUAUCUCAGAUAAUGGGCGCACUUACAGUGUUGUAUUUGAAGGUCCUUGCAGCAUGGGAAGUGAGGCACUUGUGGAGCGAGUGCCAAGGAAGGCCAUUAGGCCUUUCCCUCCUGUGGGAAGUGUGGAGAGUUGGGUGGUUGGAGAUGUGGUGGAAGUGUUUGAUGUUGGUUCGUGGAAAAUAGCCAUGGUUUCGAAGGUCUUAGGCAGGGAUUAUUAUUUGGCUAGGCUAUUGGGAUCUCAUGAGGAGUUCAAAGUUCACAAAUCCAACAUCCGGGUGCGUCAGUCUUGGCAAGAUAAUGAAUGGUUUGUGAUUGGAAGGGGUCAAGGGAGUUGUGAGGUGGUGAAAAGUGACAAGCCAUCUAGCUUGAACUGUCAUCAUAUGACUUCUGAGUUUCCGCAAUUUAAUACAAGGAGAAAGAUGCAGACAGGAAAUAAUUGUGUGGCUGCUCAAGACAAUACUUGUUUCCAGGAGUCUCAUAUUGUCUCAUCUAGAACAUUGAAGAGAUUUUCCCCUUAUUUCUCCUCUCAUAUUGAAGCAAAUACCAGAAAAAUGAGAGGAAUCCAGAAAGAGGGUGAGCAUAGAAGACUGAUUUCAGAGUCAGUAUCCCCAUUGCUGGAAAAGGGCCAAAGUUGGAGGCUUGCAUGCCUUGCUUCCAAAGGUCUGAAGAUGAUACUGGAUUUUGCUGCCUUUCUCUGGGCUUAAACAAUUGGGCAAGAACUGCAUCCAAUUUUACAUAAGAUGAUGGAUUACCUCUGUGUGGUAUCAUUAUUUAAUCUGGUUCGAUGAUAUAGUUGAUUUCAGGUCUGCUGGGAACCAUGGACACACGUGGUGCCUAUGUGAAACCAGUUUUUGAAACAGCUGGGAGAUCAAUCUUGAUAUGAAGGUCUUCGUAUUAAACUUCUUUUUCAAAUAACUCACAUGACCAUGUUUUCUUACAUAUAAAAUCUUUAUUUAGUGUAUCAAGUUUUCUCUUAUUACUCUGGAUAAGUUUCUGUUAAUUUAGUUUAAUUUCCAAUCAUUUCUUCAAAUUGACAGGUAUGAAUUUUUCUAGUUUUCUAUUGCAUUUAAUAUUUGAUAGAUUUGAUGCUACUCUUCAGUGAUUGUAUAAUCCAUAAGAUCUACUUGAAUGAUUAUCUGUGUUUCUGGAAGUCCUAUUGUGUUACCGAAGUCAACCCACAACCCUUGCACUUUUGUUAAAGACCUGGGACAAUAUUUCAAAGCUCCCUUCCGAUACCCUACGUCCUUGCUUUCCCUUUUAGCAACUUUCCCCUUUAUACUUUUCAUGGUGGAUAUCUACUAAUCAGUAAUAGGAAGUGGUUUCUUUCACUCUGUUACUUAGGGCAUGAUGACUUAGGUUUUUAAUAAAACCCCAGCCAUACAUACCAUGGAAUUCUUAUUUGGAGGGAGAAUGGAGACCUUAUUUAUUGUUGAUAGUUAUACUCAAAAAGCAACAAACCUGAUCAAUUAUAAAAUUGAAUGAUAAGAAGCUAUCAUUAUAAUGAACUAUGGACGCAUAGUGAUGUACUCUGGGUUGAUUACUAUAUGAUUUGUUGCAUGCCCUCAUAAGAUUAUGAGGUCUGGAGGGAGUUGGCAUUUAUUAAAAAAUCAGUGACCAUCAACAGCCUGGUUAAAAGAAGCAAACGGAGAAAGGAAAUGUUGUGAGCUUCUGGAGAAAAGUGUGCAGAACAUUGACUUGAAAUAUUUGCAGAUCAAGGUGCAAUUGCAGAUCAAGGUGCAAUGGGUCACUUGAUUAUCAAGUCCAGCCAUGGAAUUCCUUGGGGUUUGCUGAUGAUGAGUAUGAUAGCUCUGAUCCAAUGGAGGGUGAAUUUCAUGAAAUCCGAUUAUUCAGUUGAAUUUUAGGUCUUGGAAUUCUGACUGUUAGUCAAAUUGACAUUCAAAGUAACUAUAGGCAUCUCUGUUUCUUAAAACCAAGUAGUUUUACCAACUUGUAGAAGGAUGCAGUGCGAAAAUAUGGACGAUAUUCAUAGGGGAUAUGUGGACAUGGAAGCACCUCAACAUUGGAAAAGGAAAUCUGAAGAGGACUGCAUAGAAGGAUGACAAUCUGACUGAUACUGAAGAAAACACAGGGGCGGCUCAAUGCACACGGUGGCCUAAGGCCAGAAUUUAAAACGAGAUUAUUUUUAUA